GAAUCAAUCUCUCAGAGCCGUAGUUCCGGUAGACUCAACGAAGCACGAUCCUCUACAACCGGCAGAGGACGAAGGUGGUAGAAUCCCGGAGACCAUUAUAGAUAUCCCGGAAGACGCCGACGACGACGGAGAGUUGAUACUCGAACCGGCGACUAUGGGGGAACAAACAAAGGCAUUGAUACAGCGGAGGGUACGAUUCGGUCUACGCGACAAGAAGAUGUUCAUGUGCCAACUACUACUACCGCUUAUCCUCCUGGCCGGCGCGUUGGCUCUUGUCAAACAGGGCGCUAGUGAACGA